AUGGCGGAUCUAAAAGCUGAACUUACAUGUCCUAUUUGCUUAGAUAUAUUCAAGGAUCCUGUGACCCUGAGGUGUGGACACAACUUCUGCAGGGGUUGUAUUGGUCGUGCACUGGACACUCAACUGUCAAUGUCUUAUAUGUGUCCUCAGUGCAGGAAGAGAUUCAGAUCAAGACCGGUCCUGAACAGGAACACAAACCUGAACAACAUCGCCGAGCGAUUCUGUUCUCCUCACCCAGGAAAUGGUGACUCCACAGUCCUGUGCAAUUUCUGUGACUUUACAUUUCCUGCCAUUAAGACUUGUUUGCAAUGCGAAACCUCCAUGUGUGAGAGACAUCUCCGAAACCAUAACAGGUCGGUGCAACAUACGUUAAUUGACCCGACGACCCUGGAGAACAGAAAAUGUCCCAUACAUAUGAAGAUCCUGGAGUACUACUGCACAGUGGACGAUUCCUGUAUCUGUUUGUCUUGCUCCUUGGCCGAGGAACACCGGGAACACCAGGUUCAACCAGUGAAUGAGGCCUCUGAGAAUAAGAAGGAGAGACUGAGAAAGUUUCUGGAGACAAUGAACUCUAAGAUGGAGGAGACUGAGAAAAAAGUCCAAAACUUGCAGGAGGACAUGAGAAAAAUCCAAGAAAAAGCUGAUGUUGUCACUCGGAGAGUCCAUGAUCGGUUUCGAGCAAUCAGGAGACAACUCGAAAUUCUCGAGGAAACUCUCAUCAGUGACAUAUUAUCAAGGAAAGAAGAGUCUUUACGUUCUUACACUGAUCACAUCCAGGAGCUAGAGAAAUACAAGGAGGAGCUGCUAAAGAGCAGAUGUCACAUGGAGGAGCUGUGUAACAUGACAGAUGCAUUCAGUGUCCUACAAGCAAAGCAGUCUGGUGGUGGUGGCACCAUGGAUGGGGAAAAAAUACAUAAAGAGGUACACAAUGCUGGUGGUCUGAACGUGCACCUGAUCUCAAAGACAUUAAAAAUGGGACUAUCUGACAUAAUGUUAGGCCUGAACAUAUGGUUCUAUAUACAGAAACCUGCAGAAUUAGUACUGGAUGUGAGCAGCACGUCUCCUAACCUCCAGGUAUCAGAUGACCUGAAGACCGUGACCCAUUCACAAACAAACCAGAAUCUCCCAGAAACAGAGGAAAGAUUUGAGGGCAACCAGGUCUUAAGCACCAUGAGCUUUUCUUCAGGAAGACAUUACUGGGAGGUGCAGACCAGUGACUCUGGUAACUGGGGAGUAGGGGUGUGUUGUUCCAGUAUGGACUGGAGAACGGACCUGUCAAGCCUGGGUUGUAAUAAUAAGUUGUGGUGCCUGUGGAGGCAUGGUGGUGGGCUUGUGGUAGAGCAUGAUGGUCAUUCUAUCUCAUUACCCUGCAGGACUCUUUGUAAUAGUGUUAGAGUCUACCUGGACUACAAUGGCGGCCGCUUGUCCUUUUAUCAACUGAGUGACCCAGUGAGACACCUGUACACGGCCUCGGCCUCCUUUACUGAGCCCCUUCACGCGGUUUUCAUGGUUAAAAACAAUUGGUUGAGAAUCGGGAGUCGGGAGCUAAAGACUUGUUAACAUCUACACUAAUCGUUUCCAUUGUUCUGCUCAAAAAUUAUGUCAUAUGAUGGACACCAGUGGCGCCCAGUGAGUAAAGUGGUCCAUCGGGUUUCAGUCGUGGUGUCUGCUGCAUUCUGCUCUAUUAUGUCUGAAAUCUGUGUCGGAGGCGCCUGACGGAGGUGUGAACUUGUCUCUGAUGUGUACCUCGUGGUUAGGCUCUGUCUGGUGGUAAUAAUUGGGUAUUAUAUAGUGCUGGGCCUUGUGUGGCACUCUCACUUUUGCAGUGUAGCGCUCUUAGGGCUCAUUCAGAUGGCCGUAUGUUGCUUUCAUUGUGGAUAAGAUGCAGACCCAUUCACUUCUAUGGGGCCCCAGAAGCUGCGAACAGCACUCUGUGCAUCUUUUCUUCCGUUCCACGGCCCCACAAAGCAAAUAAAACACGUCCUAUACUUGUCAGUGAAAAUCAGGGCGUGUCCCCAUUGAAGUCUAUGGGUCCGAA